CGAGUUCGACGUAGGAUUGGAUCGGGUCCAACUGGACAAAACCCGUAAAAAUAUCGGACCGAAACGGGGAAUUAGGGUUUUAUCAUCGUCUCCAACGACAGCAGCUCCUCAGCUAAAACCCUAAUCGUGCUCAGUUCCAGUUCCGAUACGAAAUGGGGAGAAAGAAGAAGGUGAUCUUACCGCCAGAACUCCCUCCUGAGAUCAACGAAGAGGAGGUCCAGGUCUCCGAUGAGGACUUCGAUUUCGUUAAGGAGAAUCUGGACUUCGCUGGGUUUCUCACCAAAAUCGAUACCAAAUCUAUUGACAGGCAUGUUAACCGAGUUGCCGAUCACAAGGAAGAUGAGUUGGAAGCUCUUUAUGAGAGGCGGAACAAGAAGGUUAUAAAUAAACAGGAGGAGGAAGACAGGCUAGAAGUAGACCGCGUUGAUGCUCUUCCCAUCAAGACGUUAGAUGGAGAGUUGCAGUACAGAACAGUAAAAAAGUCGAAAUCUGUAGACCUAUCUGAUGAGAAGAAAUCUGCAUUUGAGGCGAAAGAUAAUGAAGAUAAAGGUUUAGUGAGGUUGACAAAAGCAGAACGACGGCAAAAGCUGAAAAAACUUAAAAGAGAGGCAAAAAUGCAACCUAAGGAGGAAGUUAAAGAUGAACCAUCCGAAGAAAGUCUACACUCGGCAGUGCUGGCUACGGUGGAGAAAGAACUUUCAGCUGAGGAAUGUUUUACAAGAAAGAAGUUCCGACUAGCAGAAAUUGGGAAGCAAUUGCUUGAAAAUCCCGAGUCAAGUAUCAAAUCCUUAAAGGAGUUGUUGCAGAUCUGUAAUGAUGAAGACCACAACAUUGUUGUACUGGGGUUAUUUUCGUUGUUAGCUGUUUUCAGAGACAUCAUCCCUGGCUAUCGUAUUCGGUUACCAACUGAAAAGGAGCUUGAAAUGACAGUUUCAAAAGCUGUACAACAGACACGGAUGUAUGAAUCUACACUGUUACGGUCAUACAAGGCUUAUCUGCUGAGGCUUAUGGCCCUGGAGAAACAACCCACUUUCCAUCGUGUUGCUGUUCGCUGCAUGUGCGACUUAUUAAUUGCCAUCCCGCACUUCAACUUUCGUGAGAGCCUAUUAGCCAACGUUGUCAAGAAUUUGAACUCCUCUGAUGAUGUCGUAAGGAAGCACUGCCGUGAAGCUAUUAAAUCAACUUUUGUCAACGAGGGGAAGCAUAGGGGGGAAGCAACUCUGGAAGCUGUUCGCUUGAUUGCAGAUCAAGUGAAAGUCCAUGAUUGCCAGCUUCAUCCUGAUAGUUUAAAUGUCUUUUUGUCCUUGAGGUUUGAUGAAGAUCUUGGGAAGAAGUCUGAACCUACAGAAAAUGAAAAAAUCAAACACAAUAAAAAAAGACAGUGGAGGAAGGAGGAACCCUAUCAAUCAAAAGACAAUGAAUUUAAGAAAAGCAAGCAGGAAUUGUUGGCUAAAACAAGAGAAGAGGUCAGUGCAGAUUUUAAGUCAGUUUCAUUUGCUCCUGACCCGGAGGAGCGAAGAGGAAUGCAGUCUGCAACACUAGCUGCUGUUUUUGAGACAUACUUCCGCGUUUUAAAGCGUUCUGUGGAACCAUAUGGCCUGAGGUCUUCAUCAAAUUCAUUUUCCGGGUCUGGUGGAUUUGGGGAUAAUCCCUUACUUGGUCCUUGCUUGAAUGGCUUGGCGAAGUUUUCACAUUUGAUUGAUGUUGACUUUAUGGGUGAUUUAAUGGGGUGUCUCAAAAAGCUCGCGGGAUAUAAUGGAUCAGCUUCUGAAAACAAAUUUUCAGUUUCUGAACGCCUCCAAUGCUGUAUAGUGGCAUUCAAAGUGAUGAGGACUAAUCUGGAUGCAUUGACAGUAGAUCUGCACGAGUUUUUUGUGCAGUUAUACAAUCUUCUGCUUGAGUAUAGACCUGACAGAGAUCGGGGGGAAGUAUUGGCUGAGGCUUUAAAGACCAUGCUGUGGGAAGGAAGACAACAGGAUAUGCAGAGGGCAGCUGCGUUUAUAAAACGUCUAGCUACUUUCUCUUUGAGUUUCGGAUCUCCAGAGGCUAUGGCAGCCCUGGUCACACUGAAGCAUCUACUUCAAAGGAAUGCCAAGUGCAGAUGUCUUUUGGAGAACGAUGCUGGUGGAGGCUCCCUUUCUGGUUUAGUUGUGAGAUAUCAACCAGAAGCUUCGGAUCCAAACUUAAGCGGUGCGUUUGCAUCGGUCCUUUGGGAGCUGAGUCUUCUUUCCAAGCAUUAUAAUCCCAUAGUUUCAUCAAUGGCCUCGAGCAUAUCUACAAUGGCAACCUCAAAUCCCUCUCUGAAUCAGACUCAUCUCUCCAGUGCAUCUCCUCUGCAAGCCUUUGAAGUAUUCUCUAUAGAGAAAGAGCUCUCCAGACCAAUAGCCAAAACUCCUCGUUCCUCAAAUCGCAAGAGGAAAAGGGGGAAGAAUCAAGAUUUCAUUGUUCUGAAUCCUGAUAGUAUUAAGAAUGUUGAGAGUUUGUUGAAUGAGGAUACAGUCAAGAGUAAGUUGGAAGAGCAUUUUGAAGUGCUCAGAGAUAUCGACGAGAAGGAGAGAUUAAGAAGCGAGCUGAAUCGGACCUUGGCAUCGUUAAACAUGUAUGAAGAGUACAAGCAACAGAAGAAAAAGAAGAAAGAGGAACCAAAGGUUGGCAAAGGUAAAAAGAGAGUAAAAGUUCUGUGAUAUUCCUUAAUUUAUGAUGAGCCUUUCAAUUUUGAGCUGUAACUUUAUUCAAUUUGGAAUAGUAAUGCACAGUUUUGUUAUUCUGAGAGCGGCAGUAUGCUGAAAAGACUCGUCUCCCUUCGGUCAAAUAUUCAAAAUGUCUAUGGAAAGCUAACAUAGCGUUUGCAUAUUUC